GCGUGGAGUCAGUGAGUGAGAGAGAGAGAGAUGUAAAGAUGGCGGAGCUGCAGAUGCUGCUGGAAGAGGAAAUUCCAGCGGGUCGCAGAGCGUUACUGGACAGUUUCACCAACCUCGACAGAGUCGCCGAAUACUGCGAAAGUAACUACGUACAGUCUCCAGACAAGCAUGUCGCUCUAGAGGAAACCAAGAACUACACCACUCAGUCCCUGGCCAGCGUAGCCUACCUGAUCAACACGCUUGCCAACAAUGUGCUCCAAAUGCUUGACAUUCAGGCGUCCCAGCUGCGCCGCAUGGAAUCCUCCAUCAACCACAUCUCUCAGACUGUGGACAUCCAUAAAGAAAAGGUGGCGAGGCGGGAGAUCGGCAUCCUCACCACCAAUAAGAACACCUCCCGCACGCAUAAAAUCAUUGCUCCAGCCAAUCCCGAAAGGCCGGUGCGGUACAUUCGCAAACCUAUCGAUUACAGCGCACUGGACGAUAUUGGGCAUGGUGUGAAGUGGUUGCUUAAGUUCAAGGUCAACACCCAGAACAUGAAGAUGGGCAGCCUUCUUCGCACCACUCCUCCCACACAGAAACCACCCAGCCCGCCGAUGUCAGGCAAAGGCACCAUAGGGAGACACUCCCCCUACAGGACACUUGAGCCAGUGAGGCCUCCUGUGGUGCCUAAUGACUAUGUCCCGAGCCCCACACGCAAUACAGUGCCCAUCCUGCAGCAAAGUCCUGUACGCACAGCAUCUGUUAAUCAGAGGAACCGCACUUACAGCAGUGGGAGCAGUGGCGGCAGUUAUCCCAGUAGCCGCAGUAGCAGUCGUGAAAACAGCGGGAGUGGAAGUGUGGGUGUUCCCAUUGCUGUGCCCACACCCUCUCCACCCAGCGCCUUCCCAGCUGUUAGUGCCAGCACACCUUCAGCUCCAACUAACUCCACUCAGCCUUCUUUCACUUCCUCUAACUUAACCCCCACACAACCCUCAAUCCCUGAAUCUCUCGACUCCACUGAGAGCUUUCUGACCCCAGAUAAAAGCUCUCCUACCUCCCAGCAACCCCUCACUACAGCUGCAGCUAGUGCUACAUCCGACACCGACCCUGGGACAGGUGUUCCUCAGUUCUACAGCAUGAACAGGCCCGUCCCCAGACAGAUCUCACCAACAGUGGGAGGUUCGCUGCCGUAUCACCGGCCGCCCUCAAUCAUGGGUCAGACGUCCAUGCCAUCCAGCCAACAGAAUGGAGGGCCCUAUUACAAUCAGAACCAAGCCUCAGUGGCCCCCCCUCCCCCCUCCAUACUGCAGAUCACACCCCAGCUUCCACUGACGGGUUUUGUGGCUCGCGUACAGGAAACCAUUUCAGAUGCGCCUCCCCCACCCCCCCCUUCAGAAGAGCCGGUGUUUGAGACACAAAAUCCAGCUCCUCCUGAAGACGAGGAAGGAGAGUCUUCUGUGGUGGAGUACAGUGACCCUUACGCUGAAGAAGACCCACCCUGGGCUCCACAAACUUAUCUGGAGAAAGUGGUGGCAAUCUAUGACUACAUGCAAGACAAGGAAGAUGAAUUGUCUUUCCAUGAGGGGGCCAUCAUCUAUGUGAUUAAAAAGAAUGAUGACGGUUGGUAUGAAGGCGUGAUGAGCGCCACUACGGGACUCUUCCCUGGAAACUACGUUGAGUCCAUCAUGCACUACACUGAGUGAGCGUGUCCUCUGUCUCUGUCUCUCCUCCACCUCUCAACGCCCACCAGCGCUAAUCUUACACUGCAGAAGAGUGCAUGUGUGCAUACAAACCAUGCUAAUAACAGGCC